AUGAUAUUUGAGAAACUUCAAAUUAUUGAACAAUUGAACUUAUUGAUUAUUGAGAGAUUGAACCGAUUGAACAUUGAACAAUUGAACAUUGAACAAUUGAAUUCAUUGAAUAUCACAUUAUUUAAUUUAAUUCUUUUCAUGUUUUGUAUAAAAUUUAAAAUAAACCAUCAUAAAUUAUCAUUAAAUGAAAUUGAUAAAAAUGAAAAAUUGAAUUUUAAAAAAAAAUUAAAAAAAUUAUUACAUCAUCAUAAAUUCUUACGUUAUACUAUAGAAGAAGAUCAAUUUCGUGAUGAACAUUUAAUAGAAAUUGAUUCAAAUUCAAAAUGUAUUAAAUCAAAUGAAUCCAUUGCAAAUCAUAAUCAUUCUAUUCUAUCACAACAAUUAACCUUAUUACAUCAUAAUCAAUUAUCGAAUUCAUUGAAUAAUAAUAAUAAUAAUAAUAAUAAUAAUAACAGUUUACCAAUUAAAUUAUCCAAUAAUUUAGAUCUAAAUCAAUCCAAUGAAAAACACCACCAUCACAAUCACCACCACUACCAACAACAACAACAACCAUCAUUACCAUUUACUGUAUGGUUCAUCAAAGUUGCAAAGAAGUUUCUUCAUUGGAAAAAUACUUUCAUUCAUAUUAAUCUAUUAAAACAAUCUAAUUAUUCACAUAUUAUAAAUGAUAACCCUAUUGAAGACUAUCAGAAUACAAUCCAUUUGAAUAGAAUUGAAAAUGAUAAUUUAAACAAAAUAACAAUUCAGAAAAAGCUAAAUGAUAAAGGAACUUUUGGAUUAAAUAUACAACAUAUUAAACAAAAAGCUAAUAGUUUAAAAGAACAAGGUAGAAAAGCUAAAGUCUAUCAUGGUUAUCCUAUUUGGACGGAUACUAAAAGUGUUAUACAACAAUUUUCAAACAGAAUAUCAUCAAAUUCCACUACUCAUUAUCAUUUAUCACCAUAUAGACAAUGUGAUUCGCAAAGUGAUUUAUUUGAUCCAAUUUAUUCAGCAAUUCAAUAUCCUUUGAAAGAUACAUUACAAUCAACACAUUCAUCAUUAUGGGAUCAUUCAUCAGUGUCAGUUCAUCAACCAUAUGCGAAAGAUCGUCUUCUAGUUAGAAAUAUUUGGACAAGUCAGGAUUCAGUUGUCUCCGAUGCACAUGUCUAUUGUGAGUUAAUUGAAUUGAAACCCAAUAAAACUCACUAUCCAACUAACAAGAAAUUGGAUUCUAGACCAUUUUAUAAAGAUUAUUCGUCUUGUAGUUUACGUUCAUAUGAAAAUCAAUGUUUUCAAGAUGUUAUCUCAGAUAAAUGUUCAAAUGAACAACCGCCAAAAUUACCACAUCGAAAUUAUGGAGAAAGUACUUUGAAUAUGGUUGCUAAUUUACGUUUAUGGGCAACAAGAAAUAAACAAAAAUUUUUAAAAAAUUUACGUAAAAUUAAUAAAUUACAUAAACAUGUUUAUUCUAUGUCAGAUAUGACAUGGAGAUUAAAUAAGAAACGAAAUAUUUAUGAUUCACCUUUAUAUAAAACAAAAAAUUAUACAGAACACUCAUCAUUAAGAACAUCAUAUCGGUAUCAUAAACACAAUAAUUUGGGGAGUAGAAAUUCUGUAGAAAAACCUAAAGAUUACGAUGAAUUAACUAACCGAAAUACAAGAUCAAUUUUUUCUGAAACUGAUAUCGUUUCACUGGAGAAUCUUAAUUCACUUAAUAUUUGGGGUUCACAACAACGGAAGGAUCCGAUAAUUUCAGCUUGCCAUUCUAAUGAAGCUUUUUCUUUGGAAGCAAAUAUACAAUUAACAAAACAGUCGACCAACUUCAAUGAUAGAUGCAGUAAUCUUAGACAUAUCGAUAGUGAAUUUGAUAUUACAGAAUUAUCCCCCAUUUAUAGAAGAAACAAAUCUCCAAGAAGUAAACAAUUAAAAAUGAAUCAUUCAUUAUAUCCAUAUUUGACAUCCACAUCAUUCACACCAUUAUAUCAUAUUUACAUUCCAAAUCAACGUAGACAAUCUAAAGAGAAUUUCCAUUCAUAUACAAGUGAUGUUCGUUCGCAAUGUAAUAAAGUGAAUGAUCAAAAUAAUACAAUUCAUUCUUAUCUAUCUAAUCUAAUGUUAUCUGAAGAAAUUCCCUGUUGCACUUCUUCUCCUCCUCCUCCCACUCCUUAUUUAUGUAUGCCACCAUUAAUGGAACGUUCUAUGGAAGAUGAUGAAUAUCAUUUAUGCAAAUGA